UGAGAGAGCUGCUGCACUGACAGACGUAAGAUGUUCCUGGUUUACCUCUCAGACUCCAGAAGAUGAGGAUGGAGCAGAGUCUCUAACAUCCAGCUGUGUUGAUGAAGAGUGAGCAGUCUGAUGAUGAUCCUCUAAACUUCAGUAAUGAACCUGGACCCUCAGACACAAAAGAGCCAAUAUGAGGAAGAGGGACCUGCUCCACAUCCUCAACGAUUUAAAAGACGAUGAAUUUGAGGACUUCAAAUGGUCCCUCGAGGAUGAAAAGGUGGGCGACAUCGAACCCAUUCAAUGUGCCCAGCUGGAGAAGGCAAAGAGGAGAGACGUGGUGGAUCUGAUGGUGCAGAAAUAUGAACUAGCUGGAGCUGUGGAGGUGAUGAAGAGCGUUUUAAAGAAGAUAAGCAGGAAUGAUCUGGUGAAGAAGUUAUCAAACAUCAGCUCAGGAUCAGAAGGAGCAGUGAGCAGUGGCACUGACAGAGGUAACAACCCUAACACAGAUGUUUCUGAUGGUGGGAGUAAACCAGAGCAACCAGCAGAAACCCACACUAACACUGGGGAAACAUCUAAACUCAUCACAGAGACGACCGGAGACAACAAGGGUUCAAACCCAGGACCUUCUAGCUGUGAGGCAACAGUGCCAAACACUGAGACACCUCACUGCUCACACACACAAAGUGGAAAGCAGGAGGAUUUAGAUGAACAUCAGACCACUCUGAUCAGGGAAUAUCAACAUGUGAAUGAAGAAACUGAUGAGGCAGGAAAUAGACUCCUCUUCGACAGCUCCUACACUGAGGUCUUCAUCACAGAGGGAAGGAAAAUCAGCUAG